GGCCUGCAACUCGCCCCUCUGGCACCCUCGUUUGGACCCAUUGACAUACAGGCAUGGCAAGCCUGAGGGCAGCCCCAGCAGAAUAGGGUGGAGGGUGGUGAGCAGCUGGAUCGAGAGGCGCAAGGUGCAGUCGGAGAAGGCCAACCUAAUGAUCCUCUUUGACAAGUACCUACCCACGUGCCUGGACAAGCUGCGCUUUGGGUUCAAGAAGAUCACACCAGUGCCGGAGAUCACGGUGAUCCAAACGAUCCUGUACCUGCUGGAGUGCCUGCUCACGGAGAAGACGGUGCCCCCCGACUCCCCCAAGGAGCUGUAUGAGCUGUACUUCGUGUUCGCCUGCUUCUGGGCCUUCGGCGGGGCCAUGUUCCAGGACCAGCUUGUAGAUUAUCGAGUGGAGUUCAGCAAAUGGUGGAUCAAUGAAUUUAAGACCAUCAAGUUCCCCUCGCAGGGAACGAUUUUCGACUACUACAUUGAUCCCGACACGAAAAAGUUCCUGCCCUGGACAGAUAAAGUGCCCUCCUUUGAGCUGGAUCCUGAUGUCCCACUGCAGGCCUCUUUGGUCCACACCACGGAAACCAUCCGCCUCCGUUACUUCAUGGACCUGCUCAUGGAGAAGUCCUGGCCGGUGAUGCUGGUGGGGAACGCGGGGACGGGCAAGUCGGUGAUGAUGGGGGACAAGCUGGAAAGCCUGAACACCGACUACUACCUGGUGCAGGCCGUGCCAUUCAACUUCUACACGACCUCGGCCAUGCUGCAGGGGGUGCUGGAGAAGCCGCUGGAGAAGAAAUCGGGGAGGAACUACGGGCCACCAGGCACUAAGAAGCUCAUCUAUUUCAUUGAUGACAUGAACAUGCCGGAGGUGGACAAGUAUGGGACGGUGGCCCCACACACCCUCAUCCGGCAGCACAUGGACCACCGGCACUGGUACGACAGACAUAAGCUGACGUUAAAAGACGUCCAUAACUGUCAGUACGUGGCCUGCAUGAACCCCACUUCUGGAUCCUUCACCAUCGACCCCAGGCUUCAGCGCCAUUUCUGCGUGUUUGCUGUGAGCUUCCCCGGCCAGGAGGCCCUCACCACCAUCUACAACACGAUCCUGACACAGCACCUGGCCUUCCGCUCGGUCUCCAUGGCUACUCAGAGGAUAAGCAACCAGCUGGUGGCCGCGGCCCUGGCUUUGCAUCAGAAAGUUGCGGCAACAUUUCUUCCCACGGCCAUUAAGUUUCAUUAUGUCUUCAACCUCAGGGACCUCUCCAGUAUUUUCCAGGUACUGCUCUUGUAG